GUGGCCUUCAAAUACAUAACAACCGCUUGUUUUAAAACUGUGCUCCGCGGUGGUAUGGAGAAAUGUGAUCUAACACCUUCAGAGAUUUCUCGAUACAGCAGACAGCUCAUUCUUCCUCAGUUUGGUGUUUCAGGUCAACUAAAACUUCGAUCUGGACGUGUACUUAUUGUGGGAUGUGGAGGUCUUGGGUGUCCAGCUGCAGUAUAUCUUGCCGCUGCUGGAGUUGGCACAAUUGGUCUUGUUGAUGAUGAUAAAGUUGAAUUAAAUAAUCUUCAUCGUCAAGUUGCACAUUCAGAAUCGACAAUAAAUAUGUCAAAAGUCCAUUCACUUGCGAAUAGGUGUAUGGAAUUAAAUUCAGCGGUUAAUGUACAAGCACAUGAGAUUCACCUGGAUCACACGAAUGCAGUUGGCACUAUAAAAGCAUAUGAUGUAGUUGUAGACUGUUCAGAUAACUUGGCAACACGUUACCUUAUUAAUGAAGCAUGUGCAGUAACUGGACCUAAACCAUUAGUUAGUGGUAGCGCCUUACGUUUGGAAGGACAAAUGACUGUAUAUCUUACCAAGCUAAUUCUCCCCUCAGAAGAAGUGUUGUCUUCUAGUAACCUUCCUGCAGAGUACCGAGCUCCAUGUUUUCGUUGCCUUUAUCCUGUUCCACCACCGGCAAGUAGUGUUCAAGGAUGUUCAGAAGCUGGUGUUUUUGGGGUAGUUCCAGGUAUCAUCGGCACUAUGCAAGCUGCUGAAGUCAUCAAAAUAUUGACUGGUGUUGGUGAUGUUCACACGGGUCGACUAUUUCUUUUGGAUGUUGAACGUAAUUUGACUCGUUCAGUAAAAUUAAGGGAACCCAGACCAGACUGUCCUGUAUGUGGAAAUGAUGCAGUGAGAAACAGUGUAGACGGACCUUUAACUAAUUAUGUUUUAUUCUGUGGAACACCCAGUUGUGAUAAGCCGCGCAAUAUGAACAUGACAAUGAACAGUCAUCGUAUUACAGUUCAACAAUUAAAAGGCUAUAUUGACUCUCAAUCACCAUAUUUGCUUAUCGAUGUUCGUCCGAAAACUGAAUUCGACAUAUGUCAUCUAAAGUCAUCUAUGCAUGUACCCAUAAGUGAGCUUUUCCGUGAUUCAGUCAUAUCAGAAAUUCGACAAAUGAUGGAUACCCAAAUUAGCAAAGGAGCUACUUUACCUUUUCCUGUAAUUCUCUUGUGCUAUCGUGGUAAUAAGUCGGCAGAAGCUGCACCACUUUUGAAAAGCGCACUAUUAUCUCUCCGAUGUUCGAAUUCUGAUCAUAAUCUAAAUGGUAAAGUUAAUGAUUCGAUACAAGAAGAAUUAAAGAGCUCUAAUACUGAAUCCAAUCCUAGUGACUUCAUAGUUUGUGAUGUUGCUGGAGGUCUUUCUGCGUGGUCAAUGGAGAUCGAUCCCAACUUCCCUAUAUACUGACUCGCUCAAACUGUUAUUUUUAUUAAACUAGGAAAUCAUUCAAAAUUCCAACCUAAUUAAUAUUUCAUGUGUACUUAUAUAAAUAAAGUUGGUUUCUACAUUUUCUUGGAUUUAACUCUAAUAUCACCAUUAUGGCUGUGUAUCCAUCUGUGAAAGUGUGAGCAAAGUAGGAACUAGAAAUAUAUAUAUAUAUAUAUAUAUAU